GGCAGGCUGUCCCCGGGGAGGGCCGUCAGCCCCGCCGCCAUGUCGGGGAGCGCGGGGCUCCCCCAUGGCGGUGACGCGCGUUGCCAUGGCGACGGCCGGGCGGCGUUGGGGGGGUGGCGGGAUGACAACAAAUAUGGCGGAGAGGAGCAGGACGGCAGAGACGGGCAGUUCCACUGGAAGCGAUGAUAUCAUAGCAGGGAACGUGAGCAAGUACAUUGUUCUCCCAGCUGGUUACUGUGGGCAGCCUAAAAGAGGACAUCUUAUAUUUGAUGCCUGUUUUGAAAGUGGGAACCUUGGCCGGGUGGACCAUGUCACAGAGUUUGAGUAUGACCUCUUCAUUAGGCCAGACACCUGCAACCCACGCUUCCGAGUCUGGUUCAACUUCACUGUGGAAAACGUGAAGGAAUCCCAGAGAGUAAUUUUCAAUGUUGUCAACUUCAGUAAAACAAAAAGCCUCUACAGAGAUGGGAUGGCUCCAAUGGUGAAAUCCACAAGCCGACCAAAAUGGCAAAGAAUCCCCUCCAAAAAUGUGUAUUACUACCGCUGCCCAGACCACAGGAAGAACUAUGUCAUGUCCUUUGCUUUUUGCUUCGACCGAGAGGACGACACUUACCAGUUUGCCUACUGCUACCCCUACACCUACACUCGCCUUCAGCACUACCUGGACAACCUCCAGAGGAGGAACAUGGACUACUUCUGCAGGGAACUGCUGGGGCUCAGCGUGCAGAAACGGCGGCUUGACCUCCUGACAAUAACCAGCCCCGAGGACAAAACUGACCUUGAGAACAGUGUGAUGCAGAAGAAAAUUAAAAUCCCCAAACUCUCUCUCAAUCACGUAGAAGAAGCUGGGGAAGUCGCAGAUUAUGGGGAAGAAGAUGUGGAGCUUAGACACAGUAAGAGACAAGAUGGGAGGAAACAAAGUGAAGGUACACACAAAAGCAUUGAAGCAGUUGUUGCUCGCCUUGAAAAACAGAACGGGAUGAGUCUCAGUAAUACUUCCAGCCCUGAGGAGGCUUUUAUGGAGGCUACAGAAGGCAUGAACAGUAUGGACGAUGCUGUAGUUCCUCGGAUUCUCUAUGAGGAAUUGCUGAGGAGUUACCAGCAGCAGCAGGAAGAAAUGAGACACAUUCAACAGGAGCUUGAGAGAACGCGGAGACAGCUUGUGCAACAGGCAAAGAAGCUAAAGGAGUAUGGGGCACUCGUGUCAGAAAUGAAAGAGCUCAGAGACUUGAACAGGAGGCUCCAGGAUGUACUGCUCCUAAGACUAGGUAGUGGACCUGCCAUUGAGGUUGAAAAAGUAAAACCUGAAUCAAUUGAGCCCGAACCUGAGGUACAGAAGACCUUCAGUGAGGAAGCAAAUACAUCAACGUACUUCCCUGCCCCUGUUCCAGUAAUGGACAAGUAUAUUCUCGAGAAUGGAAAGAAUGUUUGUAUGAUAGAAUAGCACAAGAAACUGUGGAUGAAACUGAAAUUGCACAGAGACUCUCCAAAGUCAACAAGUACAUCUGUGAAAAAAUCAUGGAUAUCAAUAAAUCAUGUAAAAAUGAAGAAAGGAGGGAAAUUGCAAAGUACAAUUUGCAAUAAAUUUUGGAUUUUUAAUAAAGUCUUAGUGUUUUACUUAAGUGUUGGUUUUUGAUUUGUGUGGAAUUUUUGCUGAUGGGAGAAGCUGAAUUGAAGCGUUGCUCUCUUCCUAUAACUGAUCAUUUUUUGAGCGGUUCUGUCAUGGUGUAAACUGCUUUUAACUAUUGUAAGAUAAAUUGUAAGUUCACUCACAAUGAAAGCUGAAGUUUCCAAGGUUUCUCCUGCGAGUUGCAGUUUGUUACCUGCGGUUGUACAUUGGUUGUGGUUCUGCGGACACCGACCCAUUUGCCCAGCAUUGAGUUUUACUGAAGUUAGUGGAUCUCAGCUGCAGUAAAACAUCUGCUUAGAAGGAAGAACUGUACAAAAUUCACUUUGCUAUUGAAAAGGAUUUUACUGUAUUUUACAAAGUGUUUUUUUCUGAAAUGAAGUUUCAAUCGUUUGUUUUUAUAAAUCUUUGUUUUGAUCUCUAACAAUAUAUUUGAUCAAAAAUACACAAAGAACGUUUCUUCUUCAAUUAUCUUGUAGGUAGAUCACUAUUACCAUCACAGUUAAAAAACCUGAAAACUAAACAAUAAGCAACAAAGAACCCAAAGCUGUAAGUUGUAAAAUCAUAAUAAUUCAUUUUAAUAAAUAAAUCUGAAAUCAGUUCUUUUUCAGGGACCAAGA